AUGGACCGGGUGCGGGGGCUGCUGUGCGAGAAAGCCUACCUGCUGGCCCGGGAGCGUUCGCCGGCCCACCUGGUGGCUUUCCCGAGACCUGCCUCACUGGGUGGCGGAGCAGUGGGUAGUCCCCUACAUCGAGAGGGAGAGCCCCGUCCUGGCUCAGUACGUGGGCUUCGUGGACGCGCUGUAGCCGGGCCUUGGCCGUUGUGGGUAGGAAACAAUCGGGCCGGAUCCCCGGUGUCUGGGGAGCGGCUGCAGCCGGGGCCCGCGCGAGCCACUUCACUCCUACAAGCCCGGCUCACUAGUUCCAAGCUGCUGGACUUUGACCCUCGCUGGGAAGCCUGCUCGCCGCCUGUUCUCGCCAAUCUCUGUGCCUUUGCACUGCCCAGCAACCCGGCCACUGCCCAGGACCUGUUAAAAGUUGAAUGGACCUCCCAGAAUCACGCCCCUGCCACCGCCGUUUCUAGAGACGGCUUUUGGCCACCUUUGAGAAUCAGGGUCAAACUUGGAAGGGCCUGCAUUUGUCAUACCUCCUCGGACACUAAUUUGGAUAGUUCAGGCCCUGAAACAGCUUCCCGGAACCUUCUGGAUUUCAGCUUUGGCAAGCUUCCUCUGUUUCUGAGCCACCUCCAUCACCUGGGGUACAAUCCCAUCCAAGAUUUUCCCCAUCUCCAGGCAUUUUUCAUGGAAAGCUCCUCAUGCUUUUUAAUUCCAGGUUAUCAAUUUGUGUGGCUUUAACCUCCACAUCCAGGCCUUUCUGGCUAAACUGCAGCAUAUCCACAACGGGGCCAAUGGACACAUAAGGGAGGUCCUAUCACAGGAACACCUGGAGUCGCUAGAAAUCAGAUUCCACCAGCUUUGCUUCAGGCCGACUUCCUAAGGAAGGCAUGGUAGCAUCACAAAUGCUGUUUGUCUCAGUUGCCUGGGAAACCAAUUUCUUAGAGCUGUCAUUCAAGAGUGGGUCAAAUUUGAGAUAUAAAAACCUUUCUCAAGGUAGACUCUUUGGCCCCUAUGCCUAGUACGUCAGCUGGGCCUCUGAAGCUCUCCUCUUUGAGGUCCUGGCAGGCUCUGGCCCCUGUUGAGAAGGGGAAGCAGUCAUGUGAACUCAUGUGCUGGAAGAAUCCACUCUACCCCUUCCCUGGCUACUCUCAGCUUCUCUGCUGCAAUUUUUGUCUUUAAACAUAUCUUCAGGUGAUUCCAGUUUGCAUACAUAAUUGAGAAAUAUAAGAUUUGGUCUCCAGUAGAGAGCCAGGUGAACUUAGGAAGGAGUCCAUCUAAGAAAAUUGCACAAUUAUCUAGUUUCACUUGGGUUUAGCUUUUAUGACUUUACUUGAUUUAGUAAUCAAAUGAUUUUCAAAUGAUUUUGAUCAGGUGACUCUUCGUAAAUUAGAGAAUGAACUCGAGAGCCGAAUUAGCACAGUUUAAAAAUAAUCAUUUUGUUUUUGUUCCCUGUUGUGUAAAUUAUUGAGGUUUGACUGUCUUGGCUAAACUAAGGCUUAUCUAAUAUCUUUAUUUUUGAUACCCUAAUUUCUUGCCAAUUAAUUGAAGAUAACAUACUAGCAGACCAGAUAACUACUUAUGCAAACCUCAGAUAAAUACUAAUUUAAGCAAAAUUAAAUCCUUUGCCUUCCCCAGAUCCUUUGCACAUGGCCUGCUAUCAACAAUCCUCUACAAUGAUUCUCAGCAUCACCUGGGGAGCUUAUGUAAAAACUCAAAUUCCUGGGCCCUAUCCCCAGAGUUUCUUAUCAAGUAAGUCUACAUUGGUAUCUGAGGAUUUGCGUCGCUAACAAAAAUUCCUAGGUGAUGCUGACACUGUUGGUGUAAGGGUGAGUACAAAUUAGAAAUAAAACUAUUUAAUUCUGCCUGGUGCAAAGAAGAGAGAAAGAGACUUUUACCCUCCACAUCCUUUUCUUUGGUCAUUUACUUUAGGAAACUUAAUUGUAAACUUUUUCUAUGCCUCUUUAAAAUACCUGUAAAUCUUUCCAAAAACUAAAUUAGGCUUUUGCCAAUUUUACAACCUAAGAAUGUGAAUUCCUCAAGGACCUGGGAGCUAUCUCACUGAAAUUUAAUCAUUGAGAAAAAUAGUACCCCUAUCUUUCAGCUUCCUGGAAACAUAAGAGCCUAACUUUAUUAGGCACCUUGCUCCAUUACAAAGCUAUCUUCUGUCAUAAAGAUAUAAGAAAUUUAUUUUUCCCUUGGACAAAAGCAACUAACUAGCAGAGGGUCACCAAAAUUACCAGGUAAAUUUAGGGUGAACUCUGUGUGACAAAUGGUGUUGCGAAGUUCUCUUGAGAACUAUAGAAAGUGCAUGACAUGAUUUUUUGACUUCACGAUGGUGCAAAACCAUUGCUUUUCACUUUCAGUAUAAUAUUCAAGAAAUUACAUAUUGAAUAUAAGAUAUUCAAUAUCUUAUUCUUUAUUAUAGGCUCUGUGUUAUAUAAUUUUAACUAACUGUAGGCUAAUGUAAGUGUUCUGAACAUGUUGAAGGUAGGUUAGACUAAGCUCUAAUGUUCAGUAGGGUAGGUGUAUUAAGUGCAUUUUCAACUUAUGAAAUUUAAGCUGAUAUCCAAAGGAUGCGUAAGAAUGAGGUAGAGGAGGAGGAAAACAUUGCUUCAGGCAAAGGAAUAGUAUGUGCAAAAACCCUGGGGUUUAAGAAUAUGAUGUUUUUAGAGAACUGCAAAUAAUUCAGUAUGGUUGGAGCAGAGGGAUGCGGAAUGAUUAUUGAUUCUGUUGGAGAGUAGACAGAGGCCAGAUUGCUAUGCUUAGAUACAACUUCAACCACCUACAAAUCCAUCUAAUUACCUACAUGACCAUCAUCAUCUGGUCAUGUUUCUCCAUUUUAUCAUUGUGUAUACCUUAAAGACUUGCUCACAUUACUUAAAAUUGAGAUACGUUAGGCAUCUAUCCAAUCUCCCAUGCAAGUAAUUCUACAGAACAGAUUAGGUUAGCUAGAUAAGCAUGUUUACAAUUAAAUUUACGCUGUAUCCUUCUAAUCACCGCUUUCUCAUCAAAAUGCUCACAAAUCAUCUGUAUCAGUGUCCAUUCUUUAAAAAUGUAUAAGCCUACAUUUAUACUAAAUUUAUACUAAAUUUAGUAUAAAUUAGUAUAAAUUUAUACUAAAUUUAUACUAAAAAUACAAAAUUAGCUGGGCAUGAUGGCACACACCUGUAAUCCCAGCUAUUCAGAAGGCUAAGGCAGAAGAAUUGCUUGAACCUCAGAGACGGAGGUUGCAGUCAGAUGAGAUUGCGCCAUUGCUCUCUAGCCUGGUCAACAAGAGUGAAACUCCAUCUCAAAAAAAAAAAAAAAAAAAAGUAUAAAUUUGUAUCAAGCAUGCUGGCUUGAGGGUUUAAGGAAUUUCUUUUUUAUUUCUGACAUACUUCUGUGGAGUCUGUUUUGCUUUCAUUUUUGUUGUAUUGUUUGUAAUUUAUAUUACACUAUUAACAGUUUCUAUUAGUGCUGUGGAAUUAAUUCCUCUUGUGCUGAAGAUAGAAAUAUAUUAUUUCUAGGAAGAAAUUAUCCUUAUCGUCUUCACUAGUAUUGGACUUAGAGUCCUCCUAUAAGACAUGUUCUGUUUUUCAUUUUGAACAGUUUCCUUGAUGGAGAACUAUCAAAGCAGUCAAAGCUGUCAAAAUAAAAAAUAAUUCUGAUUGGG